UACCAAGUAGACAACCAGGUAGAUAUGCAUAGCAUCCACGCGGUUCCAACGUCAUUCACCUCGGCGGCAUGAAUAGUGAAGAAAGAGCAGGGGCCGAUAUUAAUCCUAACAUGGUGUCUUUUCUCUUACCCAGGGUAUCAACCAAAAUCGCCGAUCAGCCGUUUUGGGAACACUGGCACGCGGCAUUCAACCACUUGAGCAUACUUCAUGUUCCACUCUUUCUCCCAAGGGUCCGCACCGUGCCGCGUUUGACCUCUGGCAACCAUGGCAUACCUCCUCACCCUCACCGCAAUAACCUUUUUCCUUGCCCUCAGCAUCAACCUCACAUCCGCCGCGCACGCGGGCUUCCACGUCCAGUAUCCAUGGGCAACCCGCGGUGCAAAUCCCAAGACCCGACCAGAGAUAGAGCGGUACAACCCUUUCUGCGGUGAGAUAGUCCACAACCCCGGAAAAUACGCCCGCCGGUCCCGCACUUUCCUCUCAUUCUCCGGCCAUCCCGGAGACAUUGUAACCGCCCUGUAUACCCGACAGAGAGUGCCGAGAAAGAAAGACGACUUCCCCUUGAUCAUACUGCAAGAUGUGCCCAUCCAGCCUUCGGGGCAGCUCUGUCUGAACGUCACGAUUCCAUUUGAGACCGAGGAAAACGAGAUGGGAGUCAUGUACUUCGAGGCGAGGGAUCCGAGCACGGGCAAUGUCCAACACCAUUGCGUAGAUGUCAAGAUGGUUGACAUGGAGGCUUUGCCGGAGGAGCAUCCGGCUAUGUGUGCGGCCAACAAUGAGACGCUUAUACCGAUGCCGGACGAGUAUCUGUAGAUACAGGAUUUUGGGCGCCGGUUGAAGUGUUGGUACAACUUCUUUGGUGCUUAAAUAGCAAUUCGAGAGGACAGUAUAUUUAAGAAAGAUUACUUGAGAUGUACAGCCGACUACCCUGCUGCGCGCAUGAAUGGUAAUAUUAGUCCCCGG